UCCUUCCAGCAGUGGGAGGGCAGAGCGGGCCGCAUAUAAAAAGCCGGGCGGAAUGGCCCAGACUCUGCACAACAUCCACACGGAGAGGACCACCGCAAGACGCCUUGGGAGAAGCUCACACCCCACGAUGGACGCACAGAAGAUGCACACAGCAGAAAUGGAUCUGUCGGAGCAGAUCAAGAAGGUGACGAUGGAAAGUCACAUGAGGGCGGAGAACACAGAACUCAUGCUGAGCUUCCAGAAGGGACAAGUCAGCAUGCAACAAUACAAAUUGCUCCUUAGCUCCCUCCAUGAGAUCUACCAGACGUUGGAAGAAGAGUUAGACAGGAACUGCAAGCAUCCCGCUGUGGAGCCCAUCUACUUCCCUGCGGAGCUGGCCCGGCUGGACUCGGUCCAGAAAGACCUGGAGUUCUUCUACGGUCCAGGCUGGAAGGACAAGAUGCUGGUGCCCGCGGAAACAAGGAGAUACUGCGACAGGCUGCGACAGAUCGGGAAAGAAAACCCAGAGUACCUGGUGGCUCACGCCUACACCCGUUACCUAGGCGACCUCUCCGGAGGACAGGUCCUAGGUCGCGUCGCCCAGAAGUCCAUGGGCCUGAAAAGCAGCGAGGGUCUGUCGUUCUUCGCCUUUCCCGGCGUGUCCAGCCCCAACUUGUUCAAGCAGCUCUACAGGGGCCGCAUGAACGUGCUGGAGCUGAGCCAGGAGCAGAGGGCCGGCGUGCUGGAGGAAGCCGUGAGGGCCUUUGAACACAACAUCCAGGUGUUUGAGGGCGUGCAGAAGAUGCUGAGCGUGCUUUCAGAGCGGCAGCCAACUUCCAAAGUCUUUUUAAACCGAACCGUGGCUCUUCCGACGCUCCUCAGGAUGGCGCUGGGGAUGUUCGUGGCCGUUGUCACCAUGGGAAUCUGGAUGCUUUAAAACGCACCUUUUUUCCAAUGCUUCCUCGUUUUAUGGACUUUUACUUUUUUUUUUUCUGGGGGACUAAAAUGCAUUUUUUCAAACGGGACUGAAGUUUGCUGAGCAGGUUUAAAAAACAAACAAACAAACAUGUUUUUCUUUAUUUUUCUCAAGCUGCUGCAACUCGCCCAUGAGGGGUUAGAGUUGAGUGAAUGCACCAAAAAAAAAACAUCCGUUUUUGAGACCAUGGGCGGUUCCCAGCCAAAUGGAAGGACCGUAGUUUGCAUCCCAGGCCAGUAGUUGGCGAUGUCACCAAUGUGACGACUUUGCACUUUGCAAGAAAAGGCUAAAACAGCACAGCUGUGGGUUCAACGCUUUGUGCGUUCUACUAAGUGUUUUUAGCAUUUAAACAGAAUAACAUCCUCCUUUAGAUCCGAAAAUCACCAUUUUAAUGUAAACAAACACCAAAUUAAUAUUGUUUUGAUUUGUUUUCAGACAAACAGCCACAUAGAGUUUUUUUAUGCAGGGCCACACCUGGCUGAAUUGGGGCCCAAAGCAGAAUUGUAUUCAUCCCCACACUCAUCACAAUUUUUUUCCAAAUGUAUUUUAUUUUGUGUGAAAUUAUUUUUAUUAGGGGUGCUGAAAAACAUGAAUUCAAAUUCAAAUUGGAAUUCUUAUUUGUUCCAAUUCUGAAAGGAUUCACAAUUUAAAUAGUUAUUAAUAAUAGCUAUUUUAAAAUUAUAUUUAAUAUAUAAAUAUAUGUAGUUUAUAACGAAUUGUUUCUUUUUCUUUCUUUCUUUUUUUUCUUCUAACAAAAUUCAUUAUUAUUUCAAUGUUUUUAAAUCAAUUUAAAGUAUUUUUUAUUUUCAUUUUUAAGAAUCACGUUAUUUUAUUUUUUCCACAGAAUUCACAAUUUUUUGGUUUUUGGAUUAAUUUAAUGUUUGUGGGAUUUUUUUAUGAUCAACUAAAUUUUUCAAAAUUAUUAUUUUAAGAAUCAAUUGCAUUCUUUUAAGAAGCAGGGAUUUUUUAAGAAUACUUUUUUUUCUACAGAAUUUAUAAUUGUUUAUGUUUUUAAAUCAAAAUAGUGUUUUUUUAUUUUUAGAAACGAUUACCUUUUAAUUAUAAUUUCAAGAAUUGAUUGCAAAUAUUAUUUUAAAUAUGUUUUAAUGAACCAGUUAAUUGUAAUUAUUAUACAAAAUGUUUAUGUUUUCUAAAAUUAUAGUUAACAUCAAAAUAUAUGUAUUUUAUAAAGAAUUGUUUCUUUUUCUUUCAUUUUUUUUUACAAAAUUCAUUAUUAAUCCAAUGUUUUUAAAUCAAUUUAAAGGUUUUUAAAAAAAAUAUUUGAUAAAAAAUAUUUUAAAUUAAGAUUUACAUUUUUUUUUUAAAUCAUGUUAUUUAAUUUUUUCCACAGAAUUCACAAUUUUUUGUUUUUUGUAUUAAUUUAAUGUUUGUAGGAUUUUUUUAUGAUCAACUACAUUUUUCAAAAUUAUAAUUUUAAGAAUCAAUUGCAUUCUUUUAAUAAUCAGGGAUUUUUUAAGAAUACUUUUUUUUCUACAGAAUUUAUAAUUGUUUCUGUUUUUAAAUCAAUAUAGUGUUUUUUAUUUUCAGAAACGAUUACCUUUUUAAUUAUAAUUUCAAGAAUUGAUUGCAAGUAUUAUUUUAAAUAUUUUUUUAAAGAAUCAGUUUAUUUUGAUUAUUUUACAGAAUUGUUUUUUAUGUUUUCUAAUCAAUUUAAUAGUAUUUUUAAACAAUAUAUACAGUAUACGUAAAACUUUUUUUCAAGAAUCGAUUUUUAAAGAAGUUUGCUUACUCUCUGCAAGUCACACAUCUGCAGCAGGAAAGACUCUAACCUGUUUUAUUUAUAUACCGACUUAAUAUAUUUUUGAGAAUCAUGUAAAAUGGAGAAUCCAUUUUGAAUCGUGAGUUGUUGUAAGAUUCACAUCCCUCAUUUUCAUAGCACAGUAUUUGACUUGAACUCAAAUUUAAUUUGAUGAACGUUUUGGACGAAAACAAAUUCAUGAGAAUUAAAUUGUUCAAUAUUUUUUUCGUACACAAAUUCCACCAUGAAUAAAUGCAUUAGCAACACUUCCUGCGCCACACGGCACAAUGAGGACAAUUACAAGGGAAAUAUGCAAUUAUAUGAAAACUAGAAAAAGGAAUAAUUUCUUUGUUUACACGACACAUUUAUUCAGAGAGAACACAUUUUUCCGUGUGGGUCUUUCACAUCUGGCACUUUUGUUGUUGUUGCACAGGUAAAGCAAACCAUGUAAAGAUCCGAGACCACUUCUGGAUUUGAUCUUGGUUGAUUUUUAGAGUCUGCUGAGUGCAAAAUACCGUUGACUUAUUAUGAAUCGUGCAGAAAGUUGUUUUUAUGUCCUACAUGAACAUGUAGCUUCAGUGUUAUUUUGUACAUAUCUGUCUCUGUGCUUUUUGAUACCAAGUUGACCUUGUAAUAAAAGAAAGUUGAAAAGGACAA